AUGCUCUCUCCUAGCAAAAGAGCUCCAAUGAGCCCGCGUAACGCGGUGGCCUUGAAGGGGCUCUUCCAAGAUGGCAUCUGGAUGUGCAACUGCCGGGAACGGCUGCCCGCGGUGAAACGAGAGACGAAAAAGCCCGGGAAGAACCAAGGACGAUACUUCUGGACCUGUCAGAACCCCCCAGGGAAACAGUGCGGCUUCUUCCUUUGGGCUGAUGAAGCUGAAAUACGUGAGAAGGAGGCCAUCCUUGCUAACUCUCGCUCCGAGCUCGACAACCGUGAUGCCAGCUGUUGCACUCCUUCCAAAAAAACAUACCGUGCAGGCAACGGCCUUUUGACGCCUCAGACCGAGCAUAGGGUGAUUGGUGUCCCACCCCGCCAGUUCAAAUCACCACCGCAGAGUGCAAAGGCGCGGAUGAUGACCGAGGAUACGGAUGAAUUUGGCUGGCAUGUUGAUUCAGAGGAGAAUGAAGAGUUGUCUGAGGUCUUGAACUCAACGCAGAAGAUAUUAUCUCAACCCAACUUCAACCCCGAGACGCCGCAGAAAGCAGCCCGCACCUCGUCAACGACGUCACCAGGAAAGCGUAAGCUAUUCGACUUUUCACACGACGAAUCAAGCAGCACAUUAUCUCCACUCGCAACACCGUUCACAUCACGGUCCGGUCGACAUCUCCCAUCCUCGGCCGAAAUAAGCAUGACGCCGACUCCAACUAAAUACAGGGAUGUGCUGAGCACAGAUUCCAAGUCUGAUAUGUCGAAUUUGGCACAGCAGGUUACUGCAGUCCUCGAAAAGCAUGAUGUGGUACUGCCUAAUGAAGCGCGCGACGAGCUUCUGAAGCUACUCAAUACUCACGACUUGAAGUUGAACGGUGCGAUCAAAGGUCGGGACGCCGUGCGCACAGUACUUGAGAAGGAAAGGACUCUUCACAAGGAGGAAAACCUGCGAUUGAGUCAAGAGAAUGUGAGGUUGAAAGAGCAAAACAUGAGUCUCGAGGCGCACAAUGCGAUGCACCUGUCUGUCAUUGAUUCCUUCAAAGAAUGA